AUGGUUGAACAAGUUGAUCAAGAGUUAAUAUACACAAAAUUUGUAAAAUAUUUACUGUCUUCAAAGACUGGUGUACGAACUAAAGGCGCAAUUGAAGUGGGAAGAAGAGCAGUAGAUUAUUUUCGUGGAAUUGAAUUUAUUAGGUGGAUGAGAAAAAAUGCAGAUAAUAUUAAGGAAAAUUAUCCAGAAAUUGCCAAAAAUGUCUCUUUUGAAUCUAUUAAUGAUAUAAAUCAAGUCGGAGCUGAGUUGAUUAAACGUUCAUUUAUCGUCAGGGCAGAAUAUAAACCUGUGGGAACAAACACUGAUGAUUUGAAAACUCCUAAGUGGCCAAAAAGACUUUGCGUAACAAGCAAUCAAAAUUUUGAUGAACACUCGUUUUACAUUAUUACUUUCGAUAGUAAUAAGACAAUUUCUAAUAUAUUAAUGACAUCAAUAUUGGUCUCAGUUGUUGCACUAUUCAUGUUCCCUGCCUGGCCAUUAGCAAUAAAAAUAUCUGUUUGGUAUAUUUCAGUAGUAUUCCUAUCAGUGAUGCUGAUUGUGUUUUUUGGUAGAUUGAUUGUUUUUGCUUUUCUAUGGUUCUUUGGUUUCGAUUUUUGGAUUCUUCCCAAUUUAUUUGAUGAGGACACUGGGGUAAUCGAUUCAUUUAAACCACUUUAUUCCAUAAUAAGAAGGGGAGACGAUUGGUUUAUGUUAUCAAUCCGAGCAUUUUGUGCAAUAUUUCUUGCAGGGGCGACUUAUCAGCUAAGCAAGACCCAUACAGCAUCAGACGUUGGACAAUUUGCAAGACAAUCAUUUCUGGAUGUACUAGAUUGGGGGCAUAGAAAAAUUUCUCCACCAGAAGACCUUUCACCUACAUUACACAAUUCAAAUGUGGGAAUUAAUGAAAGUACAGGUACUAGAAAUGUUUCAAAUGAGGAGUAUAAUUGUAUUAAAAGAUGUUUGAGAUUUGAAUCUAAGGAUGCGGUUUUAGAUGAGUGCGCAACAGAUUGUAAUUGCUUAAGCGAAGUAUUAAGUCUACCGUGCCUAAAAUCAAGAUCAAUUUGCCCUCCUGAAUUCGAAGAAGAGCUUAGCAAUGCAAUGAUAAAGAAUUGUAUAGAUAAUCAAGAAAUAAAAGGGUCAUAA